CCUCCCCUUCUGGAUAUGGUCUGAUAUAAGCGGGGGGGGGGGGGGGGCGUUUUCCGAGGUCAUCCACCUCUCCGCAUCUGGCAUUUGUGUGUUUUGAUUUGCAGCCCUUCCUCUCGUUAGAGGACCGCUCGGAAAACGGAUCCCGUUUGGAUUACAUCCCCACGUUCAGUGCGAGUGCGAGUCGGGGCAUACGAGUACAGCCCGGGAGGGUUGUGAAGACGCUUUUGAGAAAAAACGAAGUGUGCCCGUUGAACGAACGGAACGAACGAAAAUCAUGCCCAGCGACCACCGGCCCGCAACGGCACCGGGGCGGGGCAGCGAUGACGAUCUGGAUAUCCGGAUCGACACGGAGGAGGGCGGCCGGAGCGUCGCAUGUGCGUCGGUGGCAGGACAGGAUUCAUCGCGAUUAGCGCAGCCGGCGCAAUCGCAAGCGCCAUUCCAAUCGCAAGCGCAAUUACAGCAGCAAGCGCAUCUGCAGGACAGCCCGUCAGCACCACCACUCCAUGCCCACGAUCCGAUUCUUGAUCACAGCGGGUUGACGUCCUCGCCCUCGCCCUCGCGCGUCCCGGAGUCGGUGCCGUCGGAUGCACGGGGGUCGUCGGGGGGUGGUGAGACAUCGGGGCCGGGACAUCACCCUCAGUCUGAAACGCGUAUCGAUGUGCCCACAUCAUCCUCGUGGGUGGAUGUUCGGCCGACGCUCGGGGCAGAGGGAGAAGGGGUUGGGAAGCCGGAUGACGGGGGUGGGACGCACGGGGUGGAUCUCAGCGACCGGGCAGCCUCCACAGUCCCCCGGUCAUCCCCACCCCACACGCCGCGAAGUUCCUCGAUCCCCACAACGACGGUCAUCACGAUCGAGAAACCCGACCCCGCGCCGCCUACCUACACACCCGCGACCGAACCACCCCCGCCGCCGCCGCCGACGUACUACCCCCCCGCCCCCCGCACGCCCUGCAUCCGCAUCGCCACCUGCUUGUGUUUUCCGUUUUACGCCGUCGCGUACCUCCUCCCCCUCGGGCUGUGGACCGCCCUGCGGGUCCUGGUUCGCACGCUGUGGGACGCGGUGAGGGCGGUGGGGACCGCGCUCGUCUGGACCGCAAGCGGUGUGUGGACGUGGGUGCUGGCGCCGCUCGGGGCCGCGCUCGGCUGGUUCAUCCGCACCUGCAUCGUCGCGCCGCUCCGCGCCCUCGGACGCGCGGUGGGCACGUACGUCCUGCACCCGCUGCACACCGCCGUCGUCGCGGUCCUGAGGGGCGUCGGGUGGGCCGUGGGGAGGAUAUGCGCGGGGGUGGCGGCCGUGGGGGGCGUCGUCGGACGGUGCGUCGGCGCUGUGGGUGGGUGGGUUUGGACCACCGUCCUCGCCCCGCUCGGACACCUCCUCGCGCUCCUCGCGCGCGGGAUCCACACCGCCGUCCUCCGCCCGGUGUGGGGCGCGGUCACGCGGGUCGCCGGGUGGAUGUUCGCGGCGGUCGCGGCCGUCGGGGAGGGGUGCUGGUACGUCGCGCGCACGCUCGGGGGGGUGAUCGCAUGGGGCGCGGUCCGCGUGUGGAGGGGGGUGUGUGUCGUUGCGCGCGGCGUGCAUGCGUACGUGCUCACGCCCGUGUACCGGGUCGUCGCCGCCGUCGCCGCGGGGGUAUGGUGGGUCGUGACGGCCGUCGCGGGCGGGUGUGGGUGGGUUGUGCGGACGAUCGGGCGCGCGGCUGCGCGGGUGGGGUCCGCUGUGUGGGCGGGGGUCAGGGUCGUUGGCCGGGGGGUACGCGAUGGGCUCGUCGUGCCCGUCCUUGCGGGGCUGCGCGCCAUCGGCACGGGUGUGCACCGGUAUGUCCUCGCGCCGGUGUGGGGGGGUGUGGCGGCGGUUGGGAGGGUGGUUGCGGAGAUGGGGAGGGCGGUGGUGAGGGGGGUGGAGGAGGUUGUUGUGCGGCCGGUUGCGGGGGUUGUGAAGGCGGUUGGGGAGGAGAUUAGGGGGAUUUUUAGGAGUGUUGCGGAGGUUUGGAAGUAAGGGGGAGGGCUAGUAAUAGGGGGGCUUAAGUGAUGGGAGGGAGGGGACCUUUGGGGAGAUGGCUGUUUUGGGAUGAAUGUUUAAGCGUCGGUUUUUUUGGGGAUAAGAUUAGCG